GAGGGAUAGAGAUUCGCCAAGAAAAAGAAGGAGCGAGAGGAGAAAGCGAAACCCUAAACCCCCCGUAUUCCCAAACCUUGGAUCCGGUCGGCGGCGAUGGCGUCUGCGCCGCUGGAGAAGCUCAAGAGCCUGUGGAACUCCCAGGUCAUGGACGAGGAGCAGUGGGCGGUCAACUAUAGAGUGCUCAAGGCUACGGGGAUUUUUGCUGGAUCUAUCUUUUUGAUGCGCACCUUUGGUGACCUGAUGGUGAUUUAAGGGCGUCGGAGUGACUGAGCAGGCUAAUGAUGGAAUAUUUGUCUGCCUUGUGACCAGGCUUGUGGAAUAUUUGUACUCAGACUUGUGGGUUUCUUGUGUUAAGUUGAUGUUUGAAGCAUUUCUCUGCAGGGAUACGAGACAAUUCUUUUUCAGUUGAGCACAUGUCUUAUAUAAGUAAUAAGUUCAUGUCAAUUGUUUA